AAAGAAGGUAAGCGCCAUCUAUGGAAAAACAGAAAAUGAGAUGCACGGAAGUAAAUAUUUGCAAUGGAAGAACUGGGAGAGAACUUUUCAACAGAGCGCCGAAAUUAAUUGAAAUGUAGAAAGAUAACGCACAAUUGCACUCCCUUGAAUUGUCAUGUGAGUAAGACCAGGAUCAUGGAGAUAUACUGGUAGUGGUAUUCACAUUGAAAAAAGAUGAAUUACAUAAAGAAACUUGGAGCUGGGAUGCGACCAUCAGCAGACCAAAAGGAUUAUGUACUUGGGCUUACACACCUCAGGAAGCUGUUUGCAGAAUUCCGACAUCCAACAAGGAAAGCUACCCAGGAGGAGCAAGAAUACAAGCUGUAUAACAUGAUUCCACUCUUUGUCAAGGUAUUUGGAGAAGUUCAUUCUAGUGAAAUGACUGAGAAAUUUGGUGAUGUAUUGCAAUUCUGUAGCCAUCUGUCAAAGUUGAUGGUCACAGAAAUACGAAGAAGAGCAUCCAAUCAAAGCACAGAGGCAGCCAGUUGUGCUAUUGUCAAUUUCCUAGAAAUGGAUUCCUCAGAAACCACAGGGAAUGGUUGGAUGUUAUUGACAGCUUUAAAUCUUCUCUCCUGUGGGAACCAGGCCCUAAUCGACUGUAUGACAGCUGCCUCCCUCCCUUCCACUCUUGUCAAGUGUCUUUAUCUCUUCUUUGAUCUGCCUGGAAUUGAGGAACCAAACAAAUGUAGUCCCAACUCGGAAUUCACAGCUGAUGAAAGACGGAUAUUGCUACAGAAAAUAUUUGUUCAGAUAUUGGUUCACCUAUGUAAACACACCUCGCCAGCUGAAGAACUGGCACGGAAAGAUGACCUGAGCCUGCUAUUCAGUGCUAUCACCAGCUGGUGUCCACCCCAUAAUGCAAUUUGGAGGAAGUGUGCUGCAGAAAUAUUAAUGACGCUAUCCAGACAUGGAUUAUCUCCUAAUGUUGUUAGAUAUAUUCAUGACAAGGGUUGUGUGAGACACUGUAUCGAAAACAUGCAGAGAAUUCAAGAGUUAUCUCCCUUGGAGCUGGUUGACAUGUUUGUAACUGUGUUUUGUUUCCUAAAGGACUCUAGUGAAGUCUCUCAUGUUCUUCUGGAUGACUUCAGAUCAUGUCAAGGUUAUGUGUUCCUCUCAGAAUUCCUACUCAGGUUAGACAGGGAUGAUGGGGAGGAAUCCCAGCAGGCUUUAAGGAACCUCGUUCUGUUACUAGGGACCCUGACCACCUCAGGCUAUACCGAGAUCAAACCAAGCCAGGCUUGCUCAGGCUCACUGUUCAAAAUGCCCGGGUUCUCUGUCCCACAACCUGUCGGCAAAGGUGUGAGUGUCCGAAACAUUCAGGCAUUUUUAGUACUACAGUCAGUCUUUUUAAAGGCCAGUACCAGUGUGCUGUGUACAGUCAUAUUAGAUGUGAUCAACAGUAUUUAUCAUCAGGACAAUGCCAACUACUUCAUUCUGGAACCCCAGCAUACCUUGUCCCAGUUCUCUGAAAAAAUAUACACAAAACCUAAUGAUGUACAGGAAAAGUUUUUUGAACUCCUAGAGUUUGUCAUAUUUGAUCUGAAUUUUGUCCCAUGCAAAGAGUUGAUAAGCAUAAGUAUUCUCAUCAAAUCUAACCAAUCCCCUUCCUGUUCGGUACUGUGCUUUAGAACCCUUCAGCGAAUCCUUCAGUUUCAUUCCCUGUUCAAAGACGUUUUCCGAGAAGUAGGACUGUUGGAGGUCAUGGUGACUUGUCUCCGUAGAUAUGCAGCCCUGUUCGAGACGGCGGAGGAAGUGUCAGCAAGAGAGCCCACUUCACAAGAGCAAAAGGAGAUAGGUUGUUUAGUGAUGGAUUGUCUUACUUUGCUUCUUUCAUCCAACCAUAGCAAUGCCAAUGUGUUCCGUGAGUGUGGAGGAGCGCGAUGUGUUCAUGGAAUGGUGCAGUAUGAAGAUUGUCGUCAGCAGGCCCUUAAUAUCAUACAACAGCUGAUACUCUCACCACAAGGGGAUGAUGAUAUGGCCACACUCUUAGGACUUAUGCACACCUCUCCAGUGCUGUCUCUCCAACUUAAAACCCACAUACUCAAGGCAUUGUUGACUGUACUCAGAGAAAGCCACCGAUCAAGAACUGUGUUCAGAAAAGUCAAUGGAUUUGUCUAUGUCAUGUCUCUUCUGCUGUCCAUGGAGGGCUGUCUGCUGGACCCUCCAAAAGCACCAUGGGAUUCAGUGGAAAGGUUACCUAUCCUGAGCAUGCUCAAAACAGUGUUCAGCACUCUCACAGUCGCCAUGAGAUAUGAACCAGCUAAUGCCAAAUUCUUUGAAACACAGGUGCAAUAUGACAGUCUCACAGAAGCUGUCCGACUGCUUGGAUGUUUUUGUGGUGCAGUGGAUAUACAGCCUCUCUUAGAUACAAACCUGCAGGAUCAUGAUGUCAAGGGUAAAGAAGAAUCGUUUAGUGUUGAGGUAGAUCAGAGCAGGACUGUGUGGGAGGACUUCUUCUGGAAGAGCCCUGACAAUCAGGUGGAUGAUAAAACACCAGUCCUAUUACAAUCUGCUGCUAUUCUGGUCAAGUUCCUGUACAACAUGGUUCUGGACACAUUUGACAGACCCUCAGCAUGCCUCCAAGUACAGACAGAUUCACCUGCUCUCAAGAGACUUACAAUGGUUCAGGAGGAGGAGAAAACUCACUCAGCAUUAGGAAAGCGAGCUAGUACAGGGAGCAUCACCUUCUCUGUGAACAUCCAGUGUGACCUCAUUAUUGUACACCCUGGGGCUGUUCUGUCUAUCCUACAUUUAUUGCCUGCAGUGGAGUUUGGGGAUCAGCUCACAGUCUCCUUGGGUCUUCAGAGUUACAUUGCUGAGCUGCUGAAGGGGAUCUUGUAUACGGAGAGGAACCAGCAGAUAAUGUGUGAUGCUGGAAUGCCCCAUCAGCUGCUGACUCUAGGGUAUGUGGCUCUAGCAGAUGAUACACAUCCCCUGCACCCACCUUUCAGAGCCAUGUUCGAAAGAUUGGCAGCUCAAGCACUGACCCCCAGGGACUUAAGAGAUUUCUUGCGCCUUGGCUCCCCUUUGAACUGUCGGUCUUUGGAUGAAAUGUUUGAUGGUCCUAAGUUGUUGGAGAACUCUUGGAGUCAGAACUGGCCUGUUAGCCGAGCAUCAAGUAUUGAUGAAAGGAAGACACCCCUCCAAGUGGAAAACAAACUGAAAACAGCUGGUGAAGCAGUUCCAUUAACUCGAGUGAAAUGUCUAGUAUCCAUGACAACACCAAAGGAUGCAAGAAUUAAUGGUUCUGCAGUCACGCCAGCUUUUGUGGAGUUUGAAAUGACCACUGAAGGCUUCGGUUGUUUGUACCUUCCUACUAUAGCUCCUCAGGGGCCACCCACCCCCUCUGUUGUCAGUGGAGUUGUGGGGGUAGAUUCCACAGUUAUUGGAGGAAUAGGAACAGGAGAGCGGAUAUUUCCUCCUCAGUCUGGUAUGACUUUCUCCACCUGGUUUUGUGUGGAUAAGUUCAGUGUAAUUGCUGAUGCACACCCAGUUCGUCUACUGACUGUUGUCCGAAAUCUGCAGGGAAGAGAUGAGAACCUGGUAUGCCUGUCUGUCACCCUUACAUCUAGAGAGAGGUCCCUUAUCGUUUCAACACAGGAAACUCAGCUGCCAAACUCAGUUGGUGGUCUUGAACAAGAACCUGAACCGGUGUUGAAUGACAAUUGUGUGCGAUUUUGGUGCCCAGAGCUAACACAAGAGGGACAGUGGCACCACCUGGUGUUGAUAUUUCAUAGAGCAGGAAUCAUGAAAAACAGCAGUGUUAGUCUGUAUGUGGAUGCUGAGUUAGUUAACACUCAGAAGCUGCAUUACAUUUCUCCCAACCUUGGUGGAGGUGGCACGGCCAGUCCUACAGCGUUUACUUCAGUGUAUGCCUAUAUCGGCAGCCCACCACAGCUACGACGCAACUCUCGCCUGACAUGGAGACAGGGACCCUGUCAUCUGAUGGAGGACAUUGUAUCCAGUGCUGUGAUUAGCAGCAUAUACAAGCUAGGACCAACCUAUGUUGGAAGUUUUCAAUCCACAUGCAUAGAUGAUAUGGAGAUGUCAUGUACGCUGGUGUCUGAGGAGAAACUGGUGUUUGGUGUUCAUGCUCAUGCUGUGUCUCAGAUGACUAUUCUCUUAAUCCGGAAAAACUACAGCAAAGUAGACAGCAAGUCCAUAGCCAGACAGUUGGCUAUGUCUGCCCAUGACAAUGCCACACCAAUCAGAAUCAUCCACAACUCUGCUGGUCAUCUGAAUGGUCCGGCCAGGAGUCUCGGUGCAAUACUCAUAGGAUACCUCGGUGUUCGAACUUUCUGUCCUCGACCAGUUGCCAAAAUGCUAGAAAACAUUGGAGGUGCGUCAGCAUUGUUAGGGUUGAUUGCAAUGGCGUCGGAUGUGGAGGAGUUGUAUGCAGCUGUAAAAGCAUUAGUGUGUGUUGUCAAAAGUAACAAGUCCACUCUGAAGGACAUGGAGAGAAUCGGCGGAUACCAGCUGUUGUCAAUGUUGUACAAAAAGAAACAGAAUCUCUUAAACAGUCAUAUUCUACACCUGACAUUUUCAUUGAUUGGGACGGUUGACAGUGGAAAAGAAAGCUCUGUAAUUCCUAACAAAAAAGCCUUCCAGGACCUUCUUUGUGACCUUGAGGUCUGGCAUCAUGCUCCAUUUGACCUCCAGCGGUCAUUAUAUGAACAUUUCUUUGAACUUCUUACUGACUCUAGUGACCAGAGCAGUAAUUUCCAAUUGAUGCGUGACCUUGGAAUGGUGGCUCGUUUGCUACAUAUCCUGAAGGACAAUCAGUUGACCCCAGCCACAAUUAAAACCAUCUCCAGUGUUAUCACAGUUCUCCUGCAGGGAACCCCUGACCCUUCUGCACUACUGAAAUUGGGACAGUUUACAGUGUCAUCUCUUCCUUCCAUGUCAUCCUCAGAGAAGCAGGUGGUAAUUAAUGGCAUCAGCCCUACAGUGGAUACUGAUAGUGAUAUUGGUGCAUCUAUUUACAAGAUCAAGAUGAGAAACGUGUGUUUGGAAAUAAUACUUGAAUUAUUGCAAGAUUCAUCCUCAGGUAGCACUGUUGUAUCUGAAGAAAUUCAGAAAGUCCUGGGUUUUGAUUGGCUGCUGCUCUUUAUCCAACCACAUGUCCACCGUAGCACUGUCAUUAUUGCCCUGAGAAUCUUGCUGAACAUCUUACAAAACCAAACCUCCAUGCAGAGAUUUAGGGAGGGGAUACCAGGUGGAGGGUGGCUUAGUAACACUGAACCAGUUCUAAAGCAGCAUGUGGGAGUGAUGCUUGGUUUGAACAUAAGCACCAAGAACACUGGUCAAAAACGAGAGCUGAACCAAGAGGUUUGUAAGGUCCCAGGGUUCACAGCACUACAAUGGCUGCUCCCUAAACACAGUAACAUACCAGAGGUGUACUUCCUUAUGAUGGCGCUGUUACUAGGACAACAUGUAAACAAACUACCGACAGAUGUAGAGCUGAAUUUGGACAAAGUAUGGACUGUAAUAUUUGGGGUACCAGCAAGUAAACCAGUCUCCAUAGCUGCUAAAGAGAAACAAGCUGACCUCUGUCCAGAGGCGUCCAUUGUCAUUUUGAGCAUGAUCAGGAGUAUGCUCAAUCAGGACCAAGAGGAGCUGAGUGGAGCAUGGAUACAAGAGUACCCAGUCACACUGAUGCAGUUCUUUUUAUUCUUGUACCACAACCAGCCAGACUUCAUCCACUUGUCAUCCACUCCAGACUUUAUAAGCAGUCUAGCUGCCACUCUAUUCCCAUACAGUAUUGUGGACCAUGAUGUCACCACACCAACGGAAGAAUUCAAACCAUUCCCAGACUCCGAGAGCUUUGUAAGGGUUUGUACCCCAGAAAAAGACAUGCCAAGCCUUUUGACUGGUCAUACUGCCCGGAAAUUUAUAGUGGACUUUCUGAGGACAAUAGUAGUGGACAGCUUCUCCCAACAAGUAUCUUCCAAAACGUCCAUCAUUCUGGAUGUUGUAUUAGACGCGUCUCCUGAGACAGCUACAAGAUCACAGAGACGUGAAUACCAAACAGAGAUUCUGUCUGUAAUCAUGGAGCACCUGUUGGCAGCAGACGUGUUGCUAGGUGACCAGGCUGCACUACCAAUCUCAUCUGGUGGAAAUUACUCCAACAUGGCAAACAAUGUCUUCUACUUUGCUAGUCGCCUUGUGGACAAAGUCUGGCAAGGUGUAUUUACAAGAGAAACAAAGGAGGUUUUUGAAUUCAUCAGCAAACUCAUUGCACAGAGCAAAAGAAAAUCUUCGGGUGUGUCCCUGGACUUGAUCUACCGAUCACUCAACAGAACAGUUCUAUACCAGCUGUCACGACCCAUUCACACAGUUUCUGCACAGACCACGGUUCUAGAUGCUCUUCAUAAGCUGACUAAUAACAGAACACUAAUUUUUGGUCCUAAGAAUUAUGAUCCGGAUUUUCUAGUGUGCCUCUGUUACUGCUUACUCCAACUCACUGAUGAUCCAGAGAAAAGCAUGGAGAAUUUACAUGGAGGAAAGGCUUUAAGGACUACCUGGCAUGUGAACUUUUCAGAAGAGGAAGAAAAUGGAGACCUGCAUGUUACAUAUGGCCAUUUUCUGAAAGGAUCUGGUGUUGUGGAAGGCCAUCAGCUGGUGGUGAAUGCUGCCAAGCGAGUAUGGGAGGAACUGUACGCCUGUAAAAAACCAGCUUUGGAAGAGAUUUUCAAAACUCAGCUUAAUAGCAUCGAUAACAGUUCAGCUUCCUUGUCUUCUCCAGAUUUAAACACCGUCAGAGGUUUGAUACAGGAAUAUGCUUCAAAGGUAUGGGUGACAUAUGCAGAGAGUGAACGAAAGUGCCAGGCAUCUUACGCAGAGAGAAUUCCCACCCAGAUACAGUCAACUCUUCAAAAAGUAGGCAGUGGAGUUUUGAGAUUGGCUACCCGGAAAGGGAAGAAAGAGUUACCUCUGAAAGUAUCCCCAUGUUCCAAUGUUCAUAUGACGGAUUUCAUAUCUUGGACAUUGUCUCACAUUUCCAUUGUAAAGGAUCUUGUACAGCUACAAUAUCAGCAAUAUCUGAAGGCUCAAGAACAUAUGGAACGGUAUCUGGUUGAGGAGUGGACACAAAAUGAAGUUGACCUACUUAGGGAACGGGGCCUUUGGGGCCCAUCACUGGGAUCAAGGCUCAUGAAGUGGAUGCUGGACAUGACAGAGGGUCCUAGUCGCAUGAUGAAGAAGAUGAUUCCAAAUGAUAUGUUUUAUGCCCACUACCCAUACAGACCUGAUAUGGAGGACAGUCCCCUUAAGUACAAGAUUGCUAUGAGCCAUGACAGCAAAGAGUACUUCGAAAGAUUCCGCUCGCAGACCCUGGUGGAGCCUGAUGUUCUCCCCAUUAUGAGAGGGGUGGAGGAUACCAGUGAAACGGACAGUGUAGAGGAAAAACUCCCAGAUGAUAUUACCAGAAUGACCAAGCUCCUUGGCCGCCCUUCCAAACAGAGACAAGUGGAUGUGGAUGAGGAGUCUGAGGAUCCUUCUUAUGUGGAGAAUCUGACUGAGAUAGAAAAGACGGAAAACCAAGGAGAGGAGGGUCGAGAGGGGCCACCAGAAUCCUCAGGGUCCAAGACAGACAAUAACCAAACAAUACUCAGAAUAUUAGGGGAGGGAGAAAAGAUUACUAAUAUAUUUCGAUGUGCCCGAAUACAAGGGUUGGACACAGCAGAAGGUCUUUUAUUGUUUGGCCGUGAACAUUUCUAUGUGAUUGAUGGAUUCACCAUGUUGAGGACCCGAGAAAUUCGUGAUAUUGACAGUUUACCACCUGACUUACAUGACCCAAUCAUUCCAAAGACAUCUAAAGGCUGUGGAACUCAGAAGCGUUUGUGCAGCAAGUUUGCAUAUGAAGACAUUCGUGAGGUCCACAAGAGACGCUACCUUCUGCAGCCAAUAGCUGUAGAAGUAUUCUCAGCAGAUGGAAGAAACUAUCUCUUAUCAUUUCCUAGAAAACUGAGAAACAAAGUGUUUGCCAAGUUUAUGUCGGUAGCCACAGCAAUGACAGAUAGUGCCCAGCAGUCUGUGUCGGGGCAGAAACAGGGGGCCAAAAUAGAGGCAGGGUCUGGUAUCAUCAGUUCUCUGAUGGGUGAAAAGUCUGUAACUCAAAGGUGGGAGCGAGGAGAAAUAAACAAUUUCCAGUACCUGAUGCACUUAAAUACUCUGGCUGGACGUUCUUACAAUGAUCUGAUGCAGUAUCCUGUGUUUCCAUGGAUUGUUGCUGAUUAUGAUUCUGAGGAAUUAGAUCUGUAUGAUGAAAAAACAUUCAGAGACUUGAGUAAACCUAUGGGUGCUCAAACGCCUGGCAGACUACAACAGUUUAAAAAACGCUACCAGGACUGGGAUGACCCUCAAGGGGAGACUCCACCCUACCAUUAUGGUACUCACUACUCAUCUGCUAUGAUUGUAGCAUCUUACCUAGUCAGAAUGGAACCAUUUACUCAACACUUCCUGUCCCUUCAGGGUGGACAUUUUGAUCUGGCUGACAGGAUGUUCCAUAGCGUGAGAGAAAACUGGUACUCAGCUGCCAAGAACAACAUGGCUGACGUUAAGGAACUUAUCCCAGAGUUCUUCUACCUACCAGAAUUCCUUAAAAACUCCAACAACUUUGAUUUAGGAGUGAAGCAGAGUGGUGUUGCAUUACACGAUGUAAUGUUACCUCCCUGGGCCAAGGGAGACCCUAGAGAAUUCAUUAGAGUCCACAGGGAGGCCCUGGAAAGUGACUAUGUGAGUGCACAUCUCCAUGAGUGGAUAGAUUUAAUUUUUGGUUACAAACAACAAGGGCCAGCAGCAGUAGAAGCAGUCAAUGUUUUCCAUCAUCUGUUCUAUGAGGGAAAUGUAGACAUAUAUAGUAUAGACGACCCACUGAAGAAGAAUGCCACCAUUGGCUUCAUUAAUAACUUUGGUCAGAUUCCCAAGCAGUUGUUCAAAAAACCCCAUCCCCAGAAGAGGUUAGCAUUUAGACUCAAUGAGUCAUUACCCAUGGGGAUUGUUCCUAGUCAAGAUCGACUGUUCUUCCAUAAUGUGGAUAAUCUGAGACCAGCAAAACAAGCUAUUAAAGACCAUAUGCUAUAUACGAAAUUAAGGAGUGCUGUUGGACAGAUCAUUGCAACAGAUCGAGUUGUCAUGGCAGUGGAACAAAACAAAGUCCUCAUUCCAAACACCUACCAGAAGUAUUUGUCCUGGGGAUUCUCAGACAGGAGUCUUCGCAUAGGGACAUAUGACUCAGACAAGGUAUCUCAGGUGUUUGAAUGCCUGGACAAUGGAGAAAUUCUCUGUGCAACAUGUCCCAAUGUGAAGACCUACAUCACUGGUGGAACAAGCUGUGUGGUCAAUGUAUGGGAGAGCAGACAGAAGCGUCUGACCCUUAAGCAGCCUCUGUACGGACACACGGAGGCCGUCACUUGUUUAGCCUCAUCGCAGGGCUACAACAUGGUGGUCAGUGGCUCCAGGGAUAAGACCUGUAUUAUAUGGGAUUUCAGUCGACUGCAGUUUGUUAGGCAGUUAAGGGGUCAUUCUGGUCCUGUAGCUGCUGUCUGUAUAAAUGAACUUACUGGGGAUAUUGCCUCUUGCUCGGGAACUUAUCUGUAUUUGUGGUCCAUUAAUGGAGAGGAGAUUGCCUGUGUAAACACAGCACCCCCACAGAACAACCAGCAGAUCCUGUGUCUGGCUAUGUCACAGAUGUAUGAGUGGGACAACAAAAAUGUCAUUUUAACAGGAAGUAAAGAUGGUGUGGUCCGGAUGUGGUCAGUAGAGUAUGUGCAAGUGCUAAAAGAGGAGAAAAAGAAUCUCAAAGUCGAGGAAAAGGGCCCAUCAGAAAAUAAAGAAAAAUCGAUCAAUCAAAAUGAUGCUUACAAGGACAUCCAGACAGCAGUGGAUCGAUUGAAGGCUUUCAAAGAUCUAAGGGUGGAAAAUAAAGAAGUGGAGCUUGGUUCCUCAGUGGAUAGUGAGAGCCACAUGGGAUUACAUGCUCUAUCAAAUCCAGUGAUGUUGGAGCAUGAGGACAGCAUAGUCAGCAGUGUCAGUAAUGUGACGCCUCACAAUGAGGAUACAGUCAGUAUCGACAGUGAAGACCAGCUGUCAGUGAAGUCAUCGGAUCCCUCAAUAGACACAGCUAUUGAUGCAGUUCUCCAAGUGGAGGAAGACCUCGACAGUUGUACACAAGUGGAUUCAGUUAAAGGCGGGAUCAGCGACCGCAGUCAAAGUCAGCCAGACUUUACAGACUUGCCAAAGGAAGCAGAUAUCAUGGUUAAAUCUAUGUCAACAGAUUUUGAAGUGAUAUCAGAAGUGGAUGUACAAGUAACACCCAAAACAAUGGAAGACUUGUUGAAGAAAUACAAAGGGAAUGCUAGAAAUUACCUGAGAGAGGGAUUUAAAUGGCAGAGACAGUUAAUGUUCAGAAGCAAGCUGACCAUGCACACUGCGUUUGAAAGAGAUGACAACAAAGAACCAGCAGUCAUCUCUGCAAUAGCUGUCUCCAAGGAUCACCGUACUGUGUUUGUUGGAGAGGACAAAGGUCGUGUGUAUAGUUGGACCGUAACCGAUCAGCCAGGGCGAGUGGUCGCAGAUCACUGGAUCAAGGAUGAUGGAGUAGAAAAGUGUCAUUCAUGCUCCAUCAGAUUCUCAUUUUCUGAACGCAAGCAUCACUGCCGAAACUGUGGGAAGGUGUUCUGUUCAAAGUGUAGUCGGUAUGAGACAGAAAUUCGCCGCCUGCGAAUCCUGAAGCCUGUUCGUGUAUGUCAAGCUUGUUACAACGUAUUGCGAGCCCAACAAGCUGCAGAAGCUGUUUCACAGAACAAAGUAUGAUAUUCAAUGGUCAAAGUCUUGCGACUUUGUGACUUAACAAUACUUCUAUGUUCAGUAAUAACGUUCUCUAGAAUUCCUUAACUGUAGGAAAUCAUUCGUUCAAGGAGAAAGAUUAAGCAUAACAAAUGGGUUUUGUAUUGCGAUUGAUUUAUGUGUAUAUGUUAUAAUACAUGUAUAUGAAGGAAAUCGUUCUCUGUCUGUUAUUGAUGUUUUAGUAUUUAUUGUUUUAGAGAGAUUUACUGGUCAUGUGAAAUAAGAUUUGUCAGAUAUUACUACUGUGUUCUAGUCCCGUAUAAAGUCUGUAUAGACAUGACCUUCACCUUGCUGAUAAUGGGGUGCUUAAUGCAUUGUUAUGUAAAUCAUGCUUGUUUUAGGUUGUUGACACAAAGUAAUCAUGUGAACAAUGUGCAGCAUAAAGAUGACUGCAGAAAUUUUAUUCCAAAUGCUGACUGUGAUAUUUUUAAGUUGUUGUAGCAAGUUUAGUUCACCCCUCAUUGCUUUCAGAAUACCCCCAUUCCUUGGUCAUUAAAAGACUGGUAAACCAUGCAAUAUACUAAGAGUGCAAUAUUAGAUCAAACUUACUCCACCUCCUACAGUAUCUCUUUUCAUUGAGUAGAAUACAACUCAUUAUAAUGAAAUAUAUAGUAAUGAAAUUUAUUGUUCCACAAAUUCAAGACAUUAAUUAAAAUAUACCAUGUAAUUUUAGAGUUUAGAGAUCAAAAUGUAUGUUCACUGGUUUACAAAGUUCAUCAGUAUUUGGUGUUAUAUUUGUUUUCCAUUUUCCCCCAUCUUGUGAGUUUCCUUUUGCUUUUAGAUAUACUGUAUAAUGGGUACUUUUGGGGGUUGCAAAUUUUUGGUAUUUAAUCUUGAAAAUGUAGCAAAUUCCAAUUUCUGUGGUUGCAUUAUAACGACACACUUUAAUAGAUGACAUCUUAAUUUGUUGUUAAAAUAUUUUGCAAUUGUAAUUUUGGGGGAUUUUUCUCAUCUGCAAAAAAUGUACAAUCACAGAAUAUACCCAUUAUACAAUAAAUGUUUAUGGAUAUCAAGAUCGCUUUUAUUUCCUUCUUGUUGCUGCAAGCCAAAAAUAUUUCAUUAGGACAGAUCUGAGGAGCUAUUUGAAUGGUAUAAUGUUAACUUAAGCGUAGCUACUGUGUAGGUGUGGUUACAAUAUAACUUUCUAUAUACUUUAUUGUGUCUGUGUGGGAACAAAAUAUGUGGUGAAAUGGAAAUAGAUUGUUAGAGGUUGUACCAUCCAAGCAACUUGUAAGAACCUUUAUACACCAUAUAUAUACAUAUAACUUUAUAAAGUUAAUGUUAAGUCUUUUGUCUACAGUCUAAUCUUAUUUUGUGUAACUGGUCCAGAGUUCAGCUCAUUAAUAAAAUAUUGAAUUCAU